AAUUCUGUGUUUCUAUAAUAAAAGCACCAAUACAUAACACUCCUCUUCUUUGUCUAAGAUGGAAACUCGGUACAGAGAGCUCAAAUUGAGCAAGCUUGACUGUAAGCUACAGCACUGCAAAGCAAAACAUUACCGCUCAUUACAAAAUAUAUGCAAUUCACAGGAACAUGUGGAGGAGUUUUUCUUAUAAUGAGGACUAGAAAAUUAACUUGACAUUAGGUUAAGGUGCAUUCUUAUUUCUAAUUUCUGGGUAAACUUUAUUAUUAUUAUUAUUAUUAUUAUUCCGUAGGAAAUAGCUUAGCGACUAGCACAUAGUGCUGAAUCCACACACACUGAAAUGCUAAGCAGCCUGGAUGUGAACAGUGGACAUCUGUCUUUCUGGUGGCUGCAGGCAAAGAUAAUGGCAAGCCCAGGAAUACUUUGAACUAACCCACCUCCUGCCUGGGGGUAAUGCUGUACAGGCCAGACCCACCUGGCAGAGCACAAUAGUGAUAAACAGGUAGUUAACACCUGCUUUCCAGGUUACAUCAUAUGGAGAUAUAUGAAAAGAUAUCAGAGGCUCAAGGCACCUCAGUGAAAUGUAAAUGGCAGAUUUCUCCAAGGCACUCUGGAGAUUCGGUGUAUUCAAGUCCUUCUGUGAAUUGCUAUUGUGCACAAUGAUCUUGAUGUCACAAUUAAUCUGUGAUGUCCUCAUAUCAGAUGCUGACAAGAGUGUAAUCAAUCAGUGGGAAAGUUAUUUCCUUGUCAGAAUUACUGAGCGAGACCAUACAGUAAGGGAAACUACACACGAGCAUGAGUUUCAGGAAACUAUGUGUGAACGCGAGUUCUGAAUACCUAUAUCAGAAAAUAUAAUUGGGUGACAGGAAAUACGACCUGAUGGGAUUUUGAGAAGGCACUGAAGUGCUGAAAGAACUUGACUUACUUCACAUGGUUUAUCAUAUCAGCUGUAAGUUACCUGGCAGUCUCUCUGCCCUUAUCUGCAUCUUAACAGUGCUUUGUAUUCCUUUUUUGUUGUUGUUGUUCUUCUUUUUAAGACAGAUAGAUACAGAAGUUGUUGUUCAUCAACCAGCAAAGUGUGUAGCCACUGUUCAUUGUGAUGAAUGCAGCAGUUCAGUAAGAACUCCAGAGGUAGCAGUGGCAAAAAACUGGUGCAGGAAGUUUGUUUGCUUCCCGUCAAUAGGUUUCAGAUUACAAAUUAAUCUCGAAAGAGAUUAUGACUAUCUUGCAGAGUUAAUGAGUAUCUUAAGAUUGUCUGUUUCUCUUAAUUGUCCAAAGGCCAGUCAGUGCUGAGGUGUAUAAAAUAGUGCUGCAUAAAGAUGAGAAGCACAGCUGAGACAAACAGCAAACAAACAACGGGUGGGAGCUUUGUGCUGUGUCUGCUGGGAAACAUGAAAAAAAUUGUUUUUUCCCUCAUUCGUCUUUCUGUGUUCUUACUCAGUUUCUCCAUCAUUUGCCUGGGAAUCCUUUGCAUCUACACAGGUUCCUCUGCAUGCAGAUGCGGGAAUAGCAAGUUGGUUGCUUACUGCCUGUUAGCUCUGGGACUCCUGCUCCUUGUGACUGGUGUUUUCUGGAGCAUGGUCCAUGAAGCCAUGAAAUACGGGGCCCUCAGCAACAUCUUCACGAGAAAUCCUGGCCUUACAGAGCUCCGUGUCAACACCAUAGACAGGCCUGAUUUCUACCCGCCAUCUUAUGAAGACAGCACUGACCCUGAGAAGCAGACUUUCCCACUACCUGUGGCCUCUGCACCAAAAGAGCAAGAAGUCAUCAACAUCCCACCACCGCUGUACAGCGAGAGCAGCACAGAGUCCGUCAGUGAGACGAACGAGCCAGAGCAGCCCCCACCAUAUGAACUACCUGGCCAGGUCUUGAGCCCCGUGCAGGAGUCAGGUGUUUGGGCAGCCUCACAGAACACUGUUUGCUGAUAGCAGACAGGCAGACAAGGGACCUCAGACAGAGCACGGGACAGCCGGGCAAGGAUGCAUGUCAGUGCUGCCUGGGCCUGCAUCACCCAGGGCAGAGCUACCUGGGAAAAGCACUGUUUGUUUACAUGUUUGAGUGGAGCUGGAGGGGGAAUGCAGAAAGGUGCUUAGCAUUUCAAAGAAGAAGGAGGCUCUCGAGUCUACAGGGUUUGCUUAAAGAAAUGCCACCCAGUGUGAUCACAGUGCUUAUUCACAUGGAAAUAGUCACCUCUGUGUAACAUUACCAAGGGACAGCAAACAAGCUGUCGGGUAUGUCAGGAGAGCAUAGGUAGGGUGCAUCGAGAGAUACACACUGCUGUUACUGCGCAGCCUGCGGGAAGCACUCGCUGGAGGCUGGUGCUUACUCAGUGGGUAAGAGACAAGCCCUGCCCCUCCCACAAGGUGCAAGCACUGCUGCUCUGACAACCUGUCCAUUACAGUGCUGGGUGUAACUGCAAAUCUUUCUGAAAUAAAUGUAACAGUAAGCAGCUCUGAGGAAACAGAAAUCAGUGGGAAAUCAUCUGCUAGCUUCAUUCCAACUAUGGCUUUAAAACUCAAUGCUAAAGCAAUUCUACCCAAAAGGCACCAGGGGCUUUGUUACUUAAUCACUGUUGUCUGAUAUCUUCAGUCAGGUAAGGAAAUAUGCAUGCAAGAAAGUUACCUUACAAAAUCAGAUCCAUUAAGAUUUGCAUGAAAUAGGAAAAAAAAAAAAAUCCUACUGCUCA